AUGGAUGCUGCUGCUGAGGUUCCCCAAGGCCAAGGCUCGCCGCGUGUGGACCGGAAGAGGCGGGGCCGUUCUGUGCCGCUGGCCGGCCCGGUGUCCAAGGUGCUUGGCUACGACAACCUCCUCAUCGAGAUCCUCGUCCGCCUCCCUCCGAAGCCGUCCUCGCUCCCCCGUGCGUCUGUCGUAUGCAAGCGCUGGGGCAGCAUCCUCUCCGACCCCCAGUUCCUCAAACGCUUCCGCGAGCACCACAGGAAACCUCCUCUGCUCGGCUUCUUCAGAGGGUAUGCUAAAAACUUCAUUCCUGCCAUGGACUCACCUGACCGCAUCCCUGCUGCCCGCUUCUCCCUGCCCAAGAGCAGCAUACCCUACCACACCGAUGAAGCAUACAUGGGCUGCCGCCAUGGCCUCUCUCUCUUAAUCAACAUGCAUAAGCGCGAGACCGUCGUGUGGGAUCCCCUCACCGGUGAAGAGCGCAUCGUGGCUUUUCCACCAGGGUUCAACAGUACCUUAAUGUGGAGUUACAGUGGCUGGCAUGGCACUGUAUUGUGCGUCAAUGCUGAAGAUGGGCAUGUCCACGGAGAUUGCUUCUCGAGCCCGUUUAAAUUGGUUUUGGUCUGCGCUGAGUACAAUACACCGGCACUUUGUUCUGUCUACGACUCAGCGUCUGAUGUUUGGGGAGAUAUUUUCUCAACGAUGACGAUAACAGCUGGAAUGUCUAGGUUAAGAAGGCCCAGCACCCUUGUCGGGAAUGCACUUUGCUUGUUGAUUUCUGGAGGUGAUGUCCUUGUGUUUGAUUUCGAAAUGCAAAGUCUUAGUCUGAGCGAAAAGCCGGUAGAAAACCAUGGUACCGACGACUGGUAUUUUCAGCUCUUACGGAUGGAGAAUGAUGGACUAGGUCUUGCUAUUUUGUUGGACCUGACUAUCAAAUUAUGGGAGAGGAAAUCUAACUGCGAUGGUGUUUUCGAAUGGGUGCUGCUGCAGAAAACCAUUCCACUCGAGGGUAUGGUUCCAAGGAGAAUGGAUUCUGCACUUUUUGUCGGGUAUGAUGAGGAUGCAAAUGUGAUUGUUCUCACUACUAUAACCGGCAACUUCACACUCCAAGUUGACUCGAUGCAGAUCAAACAUAUUGUUAAAAGAAACAACAUAUGUCUUGACACCUUUUAUCCCUACAGGAAUUUCUAUACUGCAGGCAGGAGAGCUGAGACGCAGCCAUGA